GUGAAUUCAUUAGAUACUGCGCUGUACUAUCACAUUUUUUGCAGUUGUGCGCAUGUGACGCACGUUUGGUGGUAGAGCGGGACACUUUCUUACUUUCAAACUUGUCAAAUGAAGCUAUAAAAAUUGUUAAGUGAUAAGAACGGAAAAAUUUCCUGCUUAUUUUAUGAUGUCAUGUCGUUUCUAAUUUUUUUUAGUGCUACUAAUGAAACCUACAUUUUACUGAUACUACCAAAAUAUUUUGACCUAUUCAUUAAGUCAUUUAACUAGACAUAUCAAUAGAGAACGCACUUUCAUCUGCCAAAUAUGAGGGUAAAGAGUACCCGCAUCUGGAAUAGAUUUUUCUUUACAUGUUCUCUUAAAAAAUUCUUCAGUUCACUAUUGACAUCAGCAACGCAAAAAUGACUCGCGUAAAAAUGUUACUUUGUAUUCUUAUUUGUGCUAACUUUUUAACAGAAACUUGGUCUAUACCCGUCAAUAGUUCAUUAAAUAUUAACAAUAAAAAACUUUCUACCAACAAUGGAGUCAAUUUGUCGAAACCACGUUCAUCAUUUCUUCCAAAUCUCAACAGAAAUGAUCAAUUAUCUUAUUUAGAAGCCAGAAGUUCAAAGCGUUCUGGGAAAUUUUUCACCAGUUUACCAUUUCUAACUGGUUUAGGUGUUGGAACUUUGGCUACCUCAUCAGCAAUAGCAUCUAGUGGUAUUCUUCAAUCGCCAAAUUCAAUAGUUACAACAAGACUUCCUAGACCAAUUCCUGCUAGUUUGAUAGAUUCUCAUACAGGCUUACAUUCAGCUUCAAUUCCUCAAAGAGGAGUUUUACCUAUUUCCUCUAAUUAUUUAAAUAUCUAUGAUUCUCAUUAUCCUUAUGUUACAUUUUCUACAACUCUUCUGGACCAAUCCCUACGUUCAAUAUAUCAUGCUUUAGAGAACUUGCGAUCACAAUUGGCUCGAAAUGAUACCUUGAAUUACGUGACUACAACAACAGAACAAUUAAUACUUCCAACAACUCAGGAUAAUGUGAGUACUGAAAGCAUUGAAGAGGUCACUGAAGGGGAAGAAACAGCAAAUAUUGAGAUAAUUAAUGCUAGGGAUACCCGAGAGGUUUUUAAUUGCUCUAUUCUAAAGGAUGUAAUUAGAGAAUCGAUUAAGCAAGUAAAUCAAGAUCUGGAGCAAAGACAAGCUGAACAGAUGGAACAAACAACUUCGCCACCAGUUAUUGAAACGACGACCGAACCAGUUAGUCCUCCAACUACCCAACAAAUUUUAACUGAAGCUCCUACAUUACCUCCAACUACCACUACUACUACUACUACAACAAUUGCAACUACUACACUAAUACCAACGCCACAAAUAAAUACAACUGGAAGCUAUACUGGUUACUAUGGAGGAAGUCCUCAAAAUAUCAAUGGAAUAGAUCUUUCAUAUCCUGUCAAUCCGGCAAUACCUGCUUCUUUGUACGGACAACCUAAUGAAAUUUAUGGUCCGCCUGUUUAUGAACAUGAAGAUUUUCAUAAUUCUAAAUAUUAUCCAUAUUCUAAUGAUCCACAUUUUGAAUAUGUAACUGAUCAUUCAUUUGGAAAUUCUUUUCCUGAUUUUCCAGAACCCUGGCCGGUUUAUCCAUCGUACGCACGAGCAAGAAAAUUUUCUAAAGAAAUAAAGACUUUAAACAAAAAACAUGAUUUUAUACCAUCUAAUGUGUUGAAAGUAGGGUAACGUGUUCUACAUUUUAUACAGAUAUCGCAUGAAAUGUAUUUUUAACAAGAAGUAUUCAUAUUUGAAGGGCUUAAAAAGGUACAUUUACAUAAACUUUUCUAUCAAUAAACGUCACGUGGAAAAAUUAUUGUGAUCUAUAUUAUUAA